AUGGCUUUGAAUGCUACGCACCUGCGAGUCACCGUUGCUGCCGCUCCGCCGUGGGUACAGCCGGAAUACAAAGGGGAAAAACUCCACGUGGCCGGCAUAUUUGGCCACAUCCUGCAAGCACUCGCUGACUUCGUUCCUUUCAGCUUCGACGUCACAUACGACCCCCAGCGUUCUUUCGGCACCCGGCUCGAGAACGGCAGCUACACAGGCAUCAUCGGACUCCUGCAGAAAGGGGAGGUUGACCUAGCCGCCGCCUCGGUAUUCUUGCAGUCUGACCGCGCAGAGGUGGUGACGUACGCACCCGUCAUGUACACCAGCCACUGCGCGCUGAUCGCUGUCGCCGGAAAGCCUACUGUCAACGCGUUCGGAUACGUGCUUGUCUUCGAUUGGCAGGCGUGGGCAGCGAUUGUCGCCUUGGUUCCGCUGAUGUCCGCGGGUCUCGCUUACGUCGAAAGACGGAGGCCUCGAAACAGGGACAACUUCUUCCGGGAGGCGUACGACAACAUCUGGGACAUCUUCUGUUCUUUCACCUACAAAGGGCACACGACACCCACGGAGAGCUACGCCGGUCGGUUGCUCCUGUCGUUCUGGUGGCUCACGGCGCUCGUGCUAACGAACGAAUUCGCCGGCCACCUCAUGGCCAGCAUGGCCAUCAAGAGCGAGCCGCCGCGAUUCCGGUCCGUGGAAGACGUCGCGUACCAGACGUCGAUACGACCGCUGAUCUGGAAGGACACGGCGUUCGACACCUACGUGCGGACGUCGCAAAAGCCCUCACUGCGCGCACUGACCAGCCUGGCUCUUCACCAAGAUGGAUUCGUGCCCCUGUCCGAGCUGUACUCCCAAGCUUCCCUGGAGCAGCUGUACAGUGGCCGCGCUGUCUUGAUCAACGACCGAGACGGGAGCAUGCACAUGCUUGCGAAACACUGCCGCCUCACCGGAGGAAGGCUGUACGUGGCUCCAGAGCUGCUCUUCACCUCUUUCAGCACUAUGGCGCACUCCAAGCGGCUGCCGACGAAUCUGCAGAAGAGGAUUCGAGCGAAAAUGCGAGCCAUCAUGGAGUCUGGACUACGCCUCGAGUGGUACAACGAGGGAGUGAAGGAGUGGCACCGCUGCCGGGACAUGCAGCGGUCCGGCGCCUCCAAAGCCGGCGUGCUGUCUUUCGAGGAACUGAGCUACGACGACAUGGCGGCCAUAUUCGCUCUGUGGGGCAUCAUGGCGACAUUCUCGCUCGUCGUCUUUCUGUUGGAGAUGUGUUUUUACACAAUGGCGACGCAACAACAACAUGUGCUCCCACGCAUCAGACGCAGACGUUACGUAACGUAA